AACUCUAAUUCCAUGUUCCAGACACAUUUGGUCUCAAUAACCCUUCCAUUUCCAAAAUGAAUUCUAGUGGAUGACAAGGAAACAAGAAAAGAUGCAAUCAAUCUAUGCAUUAGGCUUUUCCCACUCUCUCCAAUUUUCCCAAUCCCAUUUCCACUCCAACUCCAAAAUUUCUCUGCAAAAACCUCACUGCACCAGCAGCAGCCAUGGAAGCAGGAGGGCCAGAACAAGCCUCAGUCUUAGAACCACUUGGCCUUCCAUCUCCAUCGCUCUCUUUGGCUCAGGCUUUCUCUUAGGCCCUCUUCUCGAUGGACUCCAUUCUCGCGUCAAUCUCGUCGUUUAUCGAACAGGAUCCAUCCACAUCGGCCCCCUCCAUACUAACAUCUGGGUUCCUUUCUUGCUGGGAUUGUUCUACUGUUCUGUUGGUUUGAUUCAACUCUACUUAGAUGAGAAUUUUUCACCAAGAAAAUCAGAGGGUUGCUUCGGUAGGACAGUAGCUUCCUUAAUAGCAUUGGGUUUGUUUAUUGAAUUGAGUGCUGAAAUGUACAAAGCUGGAGUAGCUGAUAAUAUUGAGGCUUAUGCAUUGUUUGCUGGGGCCGAGUUUAUAUGGGCAUUGCUUGAUAGUUCUUUGCUUGGCUUCUCGCUCGCUUGUGUUCUUGGCCUUGUCUGCCCUCUGGCUGAGAUCCCCAUUAUGAAGUUCUUCCAUCUCUGGUAUUAUCCCAAAGCCAACAUAGAGAUCUUUGGUGAGGGGAUAGUCAGCUGGACAAUCACUUGCUAUUUUGUGUACACUCCAUUCUUGAUUAAUUUAUCAAGAUGGCUCAAGUCCGUGGUGGAUGCUGCUGCUGCGAAUGAAGAUGGGUCUGCAUAAUCAAAUUUUUUAUAUGCCAAAUAGAUUGGAAGGAUGGAACUGAGAAGGUAACGCUUGUUCAGUCGCUAACCUUUUGAUUUUUUAAAUGAAAGCUGAUAAAUACUAUUAGAUAACCUGAGAUUUCAUCUCAAAUUGGUUUUGAGAUGGAACCCAUAUUAUCUAAUGAACACUAGUUCUUCUUAUAAGUUUAUUUUAUUCUCCACUUCAUACCCAUGUUUUCAAAAACUAAGCUAAGUUUUGAAAACUAAAAAAAAAGUAGUUUUAAACACUUAUUUUUGUUUUUGGAAAUUCAGUAAGAUUACAAAUAUUUUUUUAAGAAAUGUUAAGGUAUAAAAAUUGGGAGGAAACAAACAUAUAUUUAAGUAACAAAAAACUAAAACAAAAUAUUGUCAAACGAAGCUUAGAUAAUUGAUUUUGAUUCUUAUUUAUCAGUUUGUCAUUUUUUAUUUUAUAGAUGAAUGAUCAGAAAGUGACUUUGAAAAGUAUUUGCUGUUUGCUCAUGAUUAGAAAAUUAUUUGCUCAUGGUUAGAAAAUUCUUACGCUUUAAAAAUUGACAUUUAGGGAUCAUUUGUUUCAUGGUAAUCCAAGAUUCUAACAGAAUAGACAUUUGGAUUACCACGUUUGUUUUGUGGUAAUGUGAAUUUGCCCGGGUAUCCUAGGAUAUCCUUAUAGAGGGCGUCUCGAGAGUUUUGGAUUUUCUCCUGAAACAUAGAUUUUUUGGAUUUCUGUGUCCAGGACAUUCUCAUUUUACCUUUUUUAACCUUUUUUUUUUUUACAUAUAUAUAGAUAUUACUCUUUUUUAUUUUCAUUUUAUAAUUAAAAUAAAAACCAUCAACUAUGUGUUUCACUCUCUUUGGUUAUAUUAUAGUUGCUUUUAUUUUUGGGAAAAAUAUCUUUUUGGUUCCUAGGUUUGAGUCUAGUUCUUAUUUAGUCCAUAGGUUUCAAAAUGUUACACAUUUAGUUUUUUUUAGUUUGUUUUCAAUUUAGUUCAUAAGUUUCAAAAUAUUACAAUUUUACCUUUGACAUUUGAGUUUUACUUCAAUUUAGUCCUUAUGUUUCAAGAUUUACACUUUUAAUCUCGAUUAUUCAUGAAAUACUCCAUCUUUAGUAUCAAUUUAUGUUAAUAAAUAAAUUAAAAGACAUUAAAAGAAUUAUAGUUAAUCAAAUUUCACUGUUUUUUUUUUUAUCACUUUUAAAUAUCAAGGGUAAAGUUAGAACAUUUUAAAACUUAGAGAUUAAAUUAAAACAAAACUUAAAACUUAAGGACAUCCACAUUUGAAAACCCAGGACCAAAUAGAAAUUAGAAACUAUACCCAAAAUCUAGGGACCAAAAAGGUAUUUUUCCCCUUAUUUUUUUUUAGAAACAUUUUCAAAUAUAAAUAUAAAUUAAUAUUUAUUUUAUAAAAAAUCUUAAAUUAAUAUAUAUUUUGUUGAGAAAAAUAAAAAUAAAACAAUAAAUCUAUAUUAAUUUAAAAAGAAAUUCAACUUAAUAAAAAUAAAUAUGUUAUAAAAGUCCAAAUUAUAUCGUAAGGACAUUUUUUUGAACAUUAUGUAAAUGUAAGACAUUCUUGAGUAAAAAUUCUAAAAGAACAAAUACAAUUAUUCAAGUAUUCUUAAGUAUUUUAAAAAAUAUUUCUACAAAACAAACAUGAUUAUUUAAAGAUGAUAUCUAUAUGUAAUUUUUGCUAUCUAUAAUUCUAGGUAUAAAGAUUUAGAUUAUCUAAAUUAUCAAAAAAACAAACUUAGUUAUAAGUUUGGGAUGCUCAUUUUUUUUCCGUAGUAACUUGCAACUAACGGGCACAGAUUCCCUAUUUAGGCAGGAGAUGGGCAAAAUUCUUUGUACACCAAAUGGAGACAGAGAUAAAGAAUUCAUGACUUGUUUUCGUCUCUGCUCUACCUCUUUUUUAAUUUAUCAUUAUUAUAGUGUUUUGUAUAUAUACUAUAUAAGUUCUCGUUAAAUUUAAAUUCUCCAUGUAGAAUUAAUCCCUUAAAUGAUUUUUUUUUGGGUGAAAACUACGUAACUAAAACAUUUCACUUGAACAUAUUUGGUUUAAUUGAUUCCUAAAAAAUUCGAUUUA